AUGGGCUUCUUGGACGGCUGGGACUCGGCCUCGGUGAUCAGCCGCAAGUCUCACCAGUCGAAGCACCACGGAUCGUCGAGCAAGCGUCGCAGCAAGUCGGGGUCCGUCUUUCUUCGGCCGAAGUCGAGGUCGAGGUCCCGCUCUAGGUCCCCGGGGGCCCGCUCCAUCGCCGCGUCCAUCUUCGGCGGCGACGACGACAGGCACCGCCACUCCCGGCACGAGAGCAACCGGGGCUCCUUCUUCGGGCUGCCCAAUGCCUCGACCAGGAGCUUUUUCGGCUUCGACAAGCACCGCUCCUCGACCUCGUCCUACCGCCGCUCCCCGCGGCCCAACUUCCUCACCCGCGCCUACAAGCAGCUCAAGCGCCUGCUGCGGGACCUGGUCUACUACGCCAAGCGCCACCCGGUCAAGGUCUUCACCCUCGUCGUCCUGCCCCUCCUCACCGGCGGCGCCCUGACCGCCCUCCUCGCCCGCUUCGGCCUGCGCCUGCCGCCCAGCAUCGAGAGGAUGCUCGGCGUCGGCGCGCGCGCCAUGAGCGGCGGCGGCGUGGGGCUCGUGGGUGAGGCCGUGAGGAUGGCGAGCGGCAUGGGUGGGGAUGGCAGGGUCAGCCUCGAGAGGGGCCACGACGGCGGGCUGCAGUGGGAGAGGAGGAGCUGGGAGAGGGAUUCUCAUGGUGGAUGGGGUGACGGGCUGAUGAAGUCGGUCAGGGACUGGUUUUGA